AUGAACCUCCCAAAGGUCCCGAUCUUGCUGGCGUGGAUUCUCAGUGCAUUUGCUGGUCCAGGACUCUGCUCAGAAGUUGAGACUCGUCUGGUGAAAGAGCUGUUUACCGGAUACAACAAGGUGGUACGGCCCGUUAACCACUUCAGUGAAGCUGUCGUGGUCACUGUGGGACUCCAGCUGAUCCAGCUCAUCAGUGUGGAUGAAGUAAACCAGAUUGUGACCAGUAACGUCCGUCUCCGACAGCAAUGGUUGGAUGUGAAUCUGAAUUGGAACCCUGAUAAUUAUGGAGGAAUCAGAAAGAUCAGAAUCCCUUCAACAGACAUAUGGAAGCCUGACCUGGUGCUAUACAACAAUGCUGAUGGUGACUUUGCCAUCAUCCAUGAGACUAAAGUCCUGCUGGAGCACACUGGGAAGAUAACAUGGAACCCUCCAGCCAUCUUUAAGAGCUACUGUGAGAUUAUUGUCCUCCAUUUCCCAUUCGACCUGCAGAACUGUAGCAUGAAACUCGGAACCUGGACAUACGAUGGAUUGCUGGUAGUCAUUAACCCAGACAGUGACCGGCCUGACCUGAGCAACUUCAUGGAGUCGGGGGAAUGGGUGUUAAAAGACUAUAGGAACUGGAAACACUGGGUUUACUACACCUGCUGUCCCGACACACCAUACCUUGACAUCACCUACCAUUUCCUGAUGCUGCGGCUGCCUCUCUAUUUCAUUGUUAACGUCAUCAUUCCCUGCAUGCUGUUCUCUUUUCUCACUGGAUUGGUCUUCUACCUGCCGACCGACUCUGGAGAAAAGAUGACUCUGUCCAUCUCUGUCCUGCUGUCUCUGACUGUCUUCUUGCUGGUUAUCGUGGAGUUGAUCCCCUCCACCUCCAGCGCUGUUCCUCUCAUCGGGAAAUACAUGCUCUUCACUAUGGUGUUUGUCAUCGCGUCCAUCAUCAUCACCGUUAUCGUCAUCAACACACAUCACCGCUCGCCCAGCACACACACCAUGCCCCCCUGGAUCCGCAAGGUCUUCAUUGAAACCAUUCCCAACAUGAUGUUCUUCUCCACAAUGAAGCGUCCCGGUCAAGAGAUCAGGCAGAAGAGGAUGUUCCCUACUGACAUGGACAUCUCAGACAUCUCAGGUAACCCAACCCCUACCAGUGUCACCUACCAGUCUCCCAUCGCCAAAAACCCUGAUGUCCGCAGUGCCAUUGAAGGGGUGAAGUACAUCGCUGAGACCAUGAAGUCAGACGAGGAAUCGAACAAUGCUGCAGAGGAGUGGAAGUUCGUUGCUAUGGUUUUGGACCACAUCCUCCUCUGCGUGUUCAUGGCUGUCUGCAUCAUCGGGACACUUGCUGUGUUCGCUGGGAGACUCAUCGAGCUCAACAUGCUGUAAAAAGGCCUGAUCCAAGAGGGAAUGAGUGUGUUUUUUAUCUGCAUAAAUAACACACAUGCAGAUGAGUCAGUAAGUUGUUUUUCAUGGACUGAUUCAGCUGGAAUUGGUUGUAAAUGUUGUUGACAUGCCGUCACUGACUGAGACUGCAGUCAUUCAGGUAGAUUGAAGGCAUGAGUCUCGUGAUCUUGAUGGGUUGUACUUGAAGGUUUUUUUCCACUAACAUUUUUACAGUAUUUUAAUUGUUUUUCUACUAUGUUUCUGUUGCUGGAAUCUAUCUUGAGGGUCUUCUUGAGUUAGUUUUCUAUUGCUCUUAUGUAUGAGCCAUGACAGUUUGGUUGAUUUGUUGUCAUUUUGGCAGCUUUAUUUAAAGUCUAGGUCAGGAGGAUUUCAUUGAAACUCCAUCAAUUCUGAGAAUGGAUGCUAUAACAUAAACACGUACUUUGUAUUAACAUUUUAAAUAAAAAUGUCCCCAUAUCCAUCUCCAUCUCAUGUCCGUAAGUCACAGUGAAUUUUAAUGUGUACACCCAAAGUACAGGAGGCCCUCUUUGUUUUUCAAUCCACUUUUAUGACAGUCGUGGAGACUGAGUCUGGUUGCAGGCAAAAUACUUUCCUCUCUGGAAGUUUUAUUGUUUCUUUUUGCCUGACACUCAAUUAACUUCUUCACUUUAUAUUUAUAAGUUAUGGCUGUGAAGUAUUGUGUCAUUUUCAUGGACAAGUGUGAAGGUUUGCUUUGUCACUGAGUCAGCUAACUUCCUUCAACAUUGUUGAACAUUUUGUAAGGAGCUUGCUACUUUUAAAUAUUGAUUUUUUUUUUAUAAAUCAAAUUUCAACUAUAAACUGGUGUGCCACUACUCUGUAACACUGGUUGCACAAAGAGAUUUUCUACCUGUGAACAUACCUGACAUUAACAUAAUUUCAGUAAAGCAGUUCAUACAACAGCUUCUUAUUUUGAUACCAUCUGCUACUUUUUGACAGCUCCAGCAGUGCCAUAGCAAGCAAAAUAAACAAACAGUGACAUAGCUGAAGAGGAAUACAAUGGAUGUGAAUAAUUCCUUGAAUGUGUAAAAUUGAAACAUCACAACUGCAGUGUUGCUGCCUGUGUUUACAGCGACCAGAAGAUGGCAACUUGAUUUAUUUCGCAGCUGUGAUUCUAUACGGCAACAAACUGCAUGUCGUUUUGUUAUGACUCAUUCAUUUUUUAUAUAUCUGCAGUUAUGUAUCGUUGGAAUAGAGUGAAAAAUAAAAAACUGUUAAUUGUA